UUUCAAUAAAUACUGCCCACAGUGCAAUUGAAGAGGCCCACAUACUCCAUACCGGCAUGAAGGACUUCAUUUCAAUUUUAGAAAUUUUACUCAUAUCACUGGCUUCGGCGAGCGCCCAAUGUGCCGGCACUUGCCGAGUUAAUGUGCCGAGCCAGUCAGUUUGCAUUGUACAAAUGGAUCCGCAACAAUGUCUUAAGAUUAAGGAGUGCACACUUAAUGAGUUGAAUUGUUUUCGUUGGCGCCAAAAAAUACCAUUGCUAAGUCGAUCGCCUUUAGAACGUUGCAGCCAUAUAAGCGGACCCAUUGGCAGUGGGCGUUGCACUACUGCCCAGGAGCAAUGCCUGCGCGUAAAUUGUGCAAAUGAUAAAGUGGUGCGUUGUCAACGCGCCGGGAAAACUUGUCGCUUACUAACAAACUGUGAAGCGAAACGUGAAAAUUGUCGCCGUCCUCCGAGCAGUCAUUUGAAAGCCAUUUCUAGGCAGCCUUGUCAAGGCCUUAAACGUUCGGACGGUUUCAAGCCAUGCAAAGUGAAAAAGAGAAGAAGGAAAUUAGGUUAGCUCACUCAGCCUAGUAGAUGUCGCUUUGUAUGGAAAUGCUACA